AUCAUAUCCUGUAUCGUUCCUGGAGGGUUAUAUGAUUUUAUGAAUUUAGUGAUGCGCGCAUUUGCAUUGAAAUAUAAAUCUGCAAGUUUUGUAAGUCAACAAGUCACGUUUCUAAAACGAAUGGGAAUUCGUUCGUUUCGUACGAAUUGAACGUUGCUCGCGCCACUUCGAACUUCGCAGGUUGUAACGGCUGCGGUUGCCGCGCGGCGGCGACGCUGCAUGCGUCUCUGCACACUCGGCACUCGCGUACGUAUUCACGCCCGAAGUUGGCCAUUAUUCACGUUCGAUAGCUCGCUUCCGAGCGCUCGUGACCAUUCGCCAGGGGCUCCCGGCCGACUUCACUCUGUACGGUGUACACGAGGUCGAAUGUACCCACGGCAGUCUCGGGGUCUCUUCCCGUAAUAACACCGUAAGCGGAAGCAGUCAGCUGUUGUGUCAAGUGAACAUCCUUAACCAACAAAUUGCGCGGAUAUUCGGCCGAUCUAGCGGCGAAUCUGAGCAACACGUGGCGAGCUGCGAUACGGAUUACUAAUUCGACGGUGCCCGACAGUGCACGGCAAAGGGAAAGCCACGAAUCGUUUUGGCGAAAGAAACUGUUUUGGAGGAUAUUGACCAAGAAUAACGAACGAAUCAUUGUGAGCUCAAGGCGAGGAAUAUGACUCUGUAGCAGUGUGUAAUACUUCUCAGUAUCUCUCAGGAUGUUUAAAGAAAACGACAAUGGUGCUAGUGGUUGCAACGGCGCGACACCACGUCCACGGAGGUUAUUUCCUCGAUUUUCCUUACGCCGAUUAUUGUACUCCAGCCCGCUUAUCGGUCGUCGUAUCGUAAGGACGCCCAGUUCAAGUAAUAGGAAUGCGAAAGCUAAAGAUCAAGCAGGUGGAAGGGUGACGGAUGUUGAAAAAGGAGAAGCCAGAGUGAGCAACGGUUCGAGCCAUUUCCAAUUCCAUAACAUAGAUCUUCAGCGUGCUUCCAGCAAAGGCUCUGGCUUGUUUUCUGCAGGAAAGAGUAACGAUGGACCGAUGGAAUGUCCAUUGUGUUUGGCUGACUUACCGGCAGAAUUCUUUCCUGUUAUCCAGUCUUGCCAUCAUCGUAGUUGCUACGAUUGCUUUCAACAGUAUCUGAAAGUAGAAAUCUCCGAGUCCAGGGUUAAUAUCGCUUGCCCCGAAUGUAAUGAACCAUUACAUCCAAAUGAUAUUCGCAUGAUCUUGAAUGACCAAACACAGUUGGAGAAGUACGAAGACUUUAUGGUUCGAAGAGUGCUCGCCGUAGAGCCUGACGCGAGAUGGUGCCCCGCUCCUGACUGCAGUUUUGCUGUAAUCGCCAGUGGCUGUGCAUCGUGUCCAAAAUUACGUUGCGAGCGGCCAGGUUGCGACUCAUACUUUUGCUAUCACUGUAAAGCACAGUGGCAUCCGAAUCAGACGUGUGACGCUGCUCGAGCGCAACGUUCUCAGUACUACGAGCGUAGUUCCUCUCUGAGCUUUAGUCAAACCGAUUCUCAGCACAGGGACGACAUAAAGCCAUGCCCGAGAUGUCAGGUUCUGAUCGUCAAAAUGGAUGAUGGAAGUUGCAACCAUAUGACGUGUGCGGUGUGUGGCGCAGAAUUCUGUUGGCUCUGUAUGAAAGAAAUCAGUGAUCUUCACUAUCUUAGUCCUUCUGGCUGCACUUUUUGGGGUAAAAAGCCAUGGUCCAGAAAGAAAAAGAUUCUGUGGCAACUCGGAACUCUGAUAGGAGCUCCAGUUGGAAUCGGUCUCGUCGCUGGUAUAGCAUUUCCUGCUAUGAUCAUAGGUAUACCUGUGUGGGUAGGACAAAAGUUGUACACGAAGUACGAAAAAGCGAACAAACACAAGAGGAACGCUUUCAUUCUUGGCGGUGUUACUGCAUCGGUUCUGGUAUCACCGGUACUGGCAGGGUUGGCUGUGGGGAUCGGCGUCCCCAUAUUACUGUUCUACGUCUACGGCGUGGUUCCGGUGUCGCUGUGCCGAAACGGCGGCUGCGGCGUCACCAGGAACGGCACCGGCGUGCGCUUCGAGUUCGACGACGAGAACGAGCUGAUGGGCGCUUUGGGCGCGCGCAACGCCGGAGAUGCGGCAUCAAUAGACGUCGCGAGUCACCGCGGCGGCAAUCCUUCAAUAGGGGAAGCCUCGCUCUCAUUGGGUAGCGGCAGUCAGCUGGAGAAAUUGGGCCGGGAGAAUGAUCGCGAGAGCGCCAGCAACGUGGCCCUAGCCGGCACCAGCCUCGCGGGGAGCAUAGCCUCCAGCGUACUGCCCGGAGGUCAAAGGUUGGAAGUCCAAGCCGACGUUACGUCUACGCAGCGUUUUAGUUUGUGCAGUGAGACCGCGUCCGCGGCUACCAGCCUGUCGGAAAAGUCGGUGAACGCUUCUAUCGCUUUAGACGAUGGCGCGGCUUCCACGAGGGCUUUGGCCGGUUCCGUUCUUAAUUUUAAGAUGGACAGCAGUUCGAUCAGCGGUGGCAGAAGUACGGAAGGGGAGCAACCAGCCAGCUCCGCUAAUGGCGGCCACAUGGACUCAGCCGGUCAGGCGACAUCGUUGAGCUCGUUGGAAGAAAUGGCGCCUGGUUUGGCGAAACGAGCCCGGCGCAAGCUGACGUUCGAUCCGCAAUGCAGCGAUUCGAGUAGCUGGAUCGUGAGCGGGGAGGACGGUGUUUCGGAACGGGUACGAUUCGACGAUCACGUCAGCGUGAUCGAGGCGGACCAAGAGAGAGUCGUGGGCGGCAAAUUGGAAGGCUGCGCGAUCAACAGUCGCUCGACGGGUGGCCGUAAGCGCAAUAAAGAUUGGGAGCAAGAGACGGAUGUCCAAAAGACGUCCAAGAGCCCAAACGGUGAGUCGAACGCCGAGAGCCCCGUGGACGAUACUACGCGGGAGCGCAUCAACGUCGCGACGUUGAGAAACGUGUUCUUUCACACCUCGGCGAUAUCCACGGAUCGCGAGAAGCGGCUGUCGGUCAUAGAGGAACCGACGUCGGCCGUAUCACAAGCCACCGGCAAUCGGAUCUGCACCCCUUGCGACCAGGGUCAAAAUUCUACGGACGAAAGUUUGCAUCGCUAAGAAGGUUUAAGACUGAGCAUAUAGGUGUCUCGAUGUAUGUAUAGAUAUGUCACGAUGCGUAUAUACAUGUGUUGAGUGUGUAUAUAUGUAUUAAAUUGCAUAAAAUGUACGGACUGCAUAAAUGUGCGUUAAUAAUACGUUGAGCACAAUAACUGUACAUAACCCAUAUAUACCACGCGAUACGCAUAGUUCGGAUGCUACACAAUAUAACAAAGAGAUAAGAAAAAUAUCGCAAAGAGUAAUUCUAGUGAUUGUGUGCAUUUGCGCUGUGAUCUCGUGCAUAUAUGAUACGAUGUGACUAUAUGUACCGUAUAUGUAUAUAUACAUGUGUUAUAUACAUAUAUGCACGUAUGUGUG